AUGUGUGACGUGCCUGAAUACAAGGUGACCGGUCCUAAUGACACCCGCAUCCCCGUCACCAUCCUGACUGGUUACCUUGGUUCCGGCAAGACCACGCUCCUGAACCACAUCCUGGCCGACAGCACCCAUGGUCUGCGUUUCGCGAUCAUCGAGAACGAGUUCGGCGAGGUCGGCAUCGACGACGCGCUGAUCGCCUCGAAGUCGGGUCAGACGGCAAUUUUCGAGGAAGAGGAGGUGAUCGAGGUGAUGAACGGCUGCAUCUGCUGCACGGCCCGCGGCGACCUCGUGGGGGCCCUGAAGCGCAUGAGCAAGAAGCUGUCUUCCUUCGACGCCGUCCUGAUCGAGACCACCGGCAUGGCCGACCCCGCCCCCGUGGCGCAGACCUUCUUCGUCGAUGCCGACGUGCAGGAAAAGUACCGCCUGGACGGCAUCGUGACGGUCGUCGACGCCGCGCACGUGGAGCAGCACCUGGACGAGGAGAAGCCCGAGGGAGCCUGCAACGAGCCCCUCGAGCAGAUGGCCUUCGCCGACCGCAUCAUCCUGAACAAGACCGACCUGGUGGGCAAGAAGGACGAAAAAAAGCCGGCCGACGACGACGCCGCCGGCGGCGGUGCCUGCACCGAGACCGACGCCGCGGUCUCCUACGGCAACAACGCCCUGGCCCCGACCCGGGCCAACGCCAAGAAGGCCAAGGACGCCUCCAAGGCGCCCGCCGAGGCGGCCCUGGCCAAGCUCGAGGCCCGCAUCCGCGCCGUCAACGCCCACGCCACGAUCAUCCGCUCCGAGUUCUCUCGCGUGCCGCCCAAGGAGCUGCUGAAUCUGUCCGCCUUCGACCUGAACCGCGUGCUGGACGUGGACCCCGCGUUCCUCACGAGCGACGGCACCGACCACGUGCACGACGAGUCCGUGUCCUCCGUCGCCUGGUCCUUCCCCGGCCUGGAGCUGAACGUCAACCUCCUGCAGAAGUUCAUCAGCGACCUGUUGGAGGAGCUCGGCACCGAGCUCUUCCGCUACAAGGGCGUCCUCGCCGUCAAGGGCAUGGAGGAGAAGUUCAUUUUCCAGGGCGUGCACAUGCUCUUCAACGGCGGCUUCGCCUCCCAGGUGCUGGGCCCCGACGCCACCAAAAUUGACCCCAAGGCGGAGCAGGACGGCGGCGGCAAGAAGGCAACGCCGCCCGGGCUCUGGGCCAGCGACGCCGAGCGCGAGUGCCGCUUCAUCUUCAUCGGCAAGAACAUCAAGGAAAAUGCCGAGAGCCUCAAAAAGGAGUUCCUGUCCUGCACCGCGGAGGAGAAGCUGCGCUUCGCCGUCGGCGACUAUGUCGAGGCGAAGAACCGCGGCUGGAAGCUGGCCAAGGUCGUGAAGCACUGGGACAAGGGCAACCCUUACCGCCUCGAGCUCCAGAACGGCGCCAAGACCAACGUGUGGGGUCCCGUCGACUCGGAUGAUAUAGUGCGCAAGGCCGACAAGGCGAAGGUCGCUGCCGCGGCCAAGAAGGGGAAGAAUGUCGAAGCGGCCAAGAAGGGGAAGAAGGUCGAAGCGGACAAGAAGGGGAAGAAGGUCGAAGCGGACAAGAAGGGGAAGAAGGUCGAAGCGGACAAGAAGGGGAAGAAGGUCGAAGCGGCCAAGAAGGGGAAGAAGGUCGAAGCAGCUAAGAAGGGCAAGGUCGAAGAAGCCAAGAAGCGGAAGGUCGAAGCGGCCAAGAAGGGGAAGGUCCAACCGGCCAAGAAGCGGAAGGUCAAAGCGGCCCGUGACAGCCCUCAGGAACGAUGACGGGUUGUGGCGUGUAUGUGAUAUCUUUGCUGUUCAUUUCUUGUUCUGUUUUCCUUUUGUCCCUCUCCCUUGUAACGUAUUGGCAUUUUUGUCGGUGGGGAGGAAUUCGGCCUUUUUGUCCGUGUUCUUUUUUUAUUUUAUGUUUUGUCCCUCUCUCCUUGGGAGCAUAUUUGCAUUUUAGCCGGUGGGGAGGACUCGAUUUGUACAGUACGCGCCCGGGGAUAAGAAACGUCAAAAUCGGGUCAAGGCUCAAUCCCUUAUCUUGGGUCGAAGGACUAGCCGAAGUCGUCCAUUUUCUGAAAAGGAAGAAUUUCUUGUUCCUUUGGACUGUCGCAUCCUCGCCCCGGUCGCCACGGUGGUCUAGUUGGUAUACUCGACCCCUUCUAGAGGUCAGGUCAGGGGUUCGAAUCCCGGCGUAAGCGAGCCUUUCUUUCAAAGGGAGUUUUCUCUCACUUUUCCGCUCCUGGCCUGGUGGAUAGUGCUAGUUCGUGUGUGUGUACACAGAGGGAAGAUAAUGCUGAACUCUUCUCGCAUUAAAAAUCGAAGGCAAAGUACCACAGGAGGGGAGGGUAGAGAGGGGGUCUUCUGUGUGACCACGGGUUGCAGAAAAUGGCACUAGUGCUGUGAGGGCUGAUUUGAAGUCAAGAC